CCUUGUGGAUGUGAAAUCUCAGCCUCUAUCAAGGAUGCUCAAACUCGUGCUGCUGUUCCUGACACUGUCAGGCGUCCAGGCGGCCCCACUCACAGACCACAACAGAUUGCAGAGGAUCUCUUCAACCUUCCGGCUGCCCAAUGGAUUCCGACAGGGCACUGAGCGCUCCCACAUCCGUAAGCCUAUUCCUGAUGACUUCCGUCAAGGCACUGAGCCCUCCAGGAGAUUCAUCGUUAACCUCAACACCGGCCAAGUGCAAGAUCACAUCAGUGAGAUGGAGAGGAGAGUGGAUUUCAUUCGUCCCUCUCACGGAAAUGGAUUUGGAGAAAUGAAGAGAAGACACCGGUUAGAAGAGGUUCCUGUAGAUGUUCCAGCCCAAAGGAGCGGGGAUGGUUGGGUCCGUGUCGAGAAACCCUCAGCUUAUCGUCUCCCCGAUGGAUUCAGGCAGGGAACUGAGCCCAUAAAGAAAAUCCAAGAUAGUUUUAGACAGGGAACAGAGCCCAUCAAGACAGUCCUGGAAAGUUUAAGACAGGGAGCUGAACCCAUCAAGACAAUCCCAGAUGGUUUUAGACAGGGAACAGAGCCCAUCAAGACAGUCCUGGAAAGUUUAAGACAGGGAGCUGAACCCAUCAAGACAAUCCCAGAUGGUUUUAGACAAGGAACAGAACCCAUCAAGACAAUCCCGGAUGGUUUUAGACAGGGAACAGAACCUCUUCAGUCAAUCUCAGCUAGUUUCAGAGAGGGAAUAGAGUCUGUCAAUUCAAUCCCAGAUGGCUUCAGACAGGGAACAGAGCCCAUUGACACCAUCCCAGAAGGUUUCAGACAGGGAACUGAACCCAUGAUGCCCGCCUCAAAGAGUCUUAUGCGAGGAGCAGAACCUGUGUUUUCUAUCCCAGCUGGUUUUUGGCAGGGAACUGAACCCAUUCGCAACAUCCCAGAGGGCUUUAGGCAGGGAACUGAACCCGUUCGCAACAUCCCAGAGGGCUUUAGACAGGGAACUGAACCCGUUCGUACCAUCCCAGAGGGCUUUAGACAGGGAACUGAACCCGUUCGUACCAUCCCAGAGGGCUUUAGACAGGGAACCGAACCAAUUCGUACCAUCCCAGAGGGCUUUAGACAGGGAACCGAACCAAUUCGUACCAUCCCAGAGGUCUUUAGACAGGGAACUGAACCCUCUACCUCCAGAGUCCAAACACAGACAGUGGCAUGUAAAGGGGAUGUCAUCAAUGGAAACUGCUAUGAGUUCAACCCCACUCCCCUUGCCUUUCAUGAUGCACAGGUCUUAUGCAGAGCUCUUGCCCCGAAUGCUGAGCUUGCAUCUGUAACAAGUGGCGAUCUGCAUUCCCGCCUGGUCUCCCUGGUGACCAAGGGUGGCAAGAGUAACCCCGUGCUGACCUGGCUGGGAGGCACGGUCAAGAACCAGAAGGCAUCAUGGGUUGAUGGGUCCGAGUGGAGCUACAGCGACUGGAUGCCAGGUCAUCCCAACAUUCACACUGAAAAGGCUGUGUGUGUGGAGAUGUUCAAGAUAGAUCAGAGCUGGUGGACAGCAGUCGACUGUGAAGUGAAGAGAGCCUCCAUCUGCUCAUACUCCAUCACUGCAUGAGAACCAUGAAGAAGCAGCAUUAAAAGACAGUUGAUUGUGUCUAAAUCUUUCCAAAAACAGAACUCCCCAGUAGUUUUGGAUGCAAUUGUAUUCACUUUGAAUAAAACCUGGCAUAUUA